AUGUCUAAUUCCAACAACAACUAUCUUUCUUUUUUUCUUUUUUUUCUCGUUGCAUUCGGAAGGGUCUUUGAAUCGAUAUCUCCUUUCGGUCGGCUGGUCCGAUGGCAACAGUUCUUAUUCGAUUCUUUUUCUGCCUUGUUUUUUUGCUUUUGCUCUCUCUCUCUCUCUCUCUCUCUCUCUCUCUCUCUCUCUCUCUCUCUCUCUUCUGUGGCAAGUAUAAUACCACAUUCUCAACAUCUCUUAUACAACAUCUCUUCUUAUUUAUCUAUUUUAUUUAUCCUUUAUUCUCCUUCUCUCUCUCUCUCUCUCUCUCUCUCUCUCUCUCUCUCUCUCUCUCUCUGGACAACUUUUCUUGCUCACUUGAAUUCUUUUUUCUUCAUUUAUUUAUUUAUUCUCAUUUUCUUUCUUUUUUCUUUCUUUCUUUCUUUCGUCUCUGCUUCCCCUUCCUUUUUCCCUUCCUUCCUUUUUCCCUUCCUUCCUUCCUUCCUUCCUUUUUCCCUUCCUUCCUUCUUUUUUCCCUUCCUUCCUUUUUCCCUUCCUUCCUUCUUUUUUCCCUUCCUUUCUUCCUUCCUUCCCUUUUCCAUUCCUUCCUUCCUUCCUUCCUUCCUUCCUUCCUUCCUUCCUUCCUUCCUUCCUUCCUUUUUCCUCUCUUCCUUCCUUCCUUCCUUCUUCCCCCUUUCCUUCCUUCCUUCCUUCCUUUUUCCUCUCUUCCUUCCUUCCUUCCUUCUUCCCCCUUUCCUUCCUUCCUUCCUUCUUUCUCCCUCCCUUCCUUCCUUCUUUCUUCCUCCCUUCCUUUUUCCCUUCCUUCCUUCCUUUUUCCCUUCCUUCUUUCAUUUCACUACCUCUCAUUUUGUCUACAUUCCUUUCUUUCUUUUUUUCUCUCUCUACUUUCUUUCCUCCGUCUUUUCUUCAUCUCUCUUUCGUCUCUUUCCUUCUUUCUUUCACGCGCAUUUCAACUUUCUUUCUUUCUUUCUUUCUUUCUUUCUUUCUUCAUCUCUUCUUUUUUUUGCACCGCUCCUUCUUUUCCUAUUCCAUUCUUGUUUCUUUUUGUCUAUUACUUUCCUAUACUGUUUCUUCCUUUCUUUCCAUAUCCCUACUUCCAUUUACUGGGUCGGUGACUUGCUGGGGGCUGUAGCGGGCACCCUUAUGUACGACAAGAUCUUCUCUGCCAACUCCAGCGACAAAUGUCAUAUACGAAGCUGUUGCCUUGGCGUUCAGCCAUCCACCCGCUCCGAUGGAGAUUUGUCCUACGAUGAGACAGAGACCAAGUCAGCCGGCAAGAUCUAUACGUCCCUGCCCAGCACCAAAGAAAAAGAAAUGGAUGUUAUCACAACCAUGUAA